GCGGUGAUGGUGUGAGAGGCGGGAUUUGAUCGGCGACUGCGGAAAGGAGCUAGGGGUUGGCUGUUUUGUGCAUGUCUCUGCUUUCUGUGGGUGGCAGACUUCUCCGGUUCCCCUCGGCGACAAUGGCUGAAUACAUUGAAAUUGACGGUGGGAUAAUGGAAGGGGGAGGACAGAUUUUGCGUGUUUGUACAGCACUAAGUUGCCUUCUUGGAACCAAGAUAAAAAUCCAUAACAUUCGAGCAGGGAGAAGCACACCUGGCCUACGGCCUCAGCAUCUGUCAGGACUUGAGAUGGUUCGUGAUAUAUGUGAUGGUUACCUUGAAGAAGCCAAAGUCGGUUCCACAGAAAUAUGUUUCUCUCCUGGUAAAAUCAAAGGAGGUAACCACAUGGCAGAUACAAGAACAGCUGGGAGCGUCUGUCUACUAAUGCAGGUCUCCAUUCCGUGUGUACUCUUUGCUGCUUCUCCAUCUGAACUGAUUUUACGAGGAGGCACUAAUGCUGAGAUGGCUCCACAGAUUGAUUAUACCUUAGAACUAUUUCAGCCAAUCGUAGAAAAGUUUGGAUUUAAGUUCCACUGUGAUUUAUUAAUGAGAGGUUACUAUCCAAAGGGUGGAGGUGAGGUGAGAGUGAAGGUGUCUCCAAUAAAACUUCUUACUCCAAUAAACAUGACAGAAAGAGGAACCAUUAAAAAGAUAUAUGGGAGAGCCUUUGUAGCUGGAGUUCUACCAUUCAAACUUGCAUCUGAGAUGACAUCUGCAGCAAUUCGGUGCAUCAGGAAAGAACUGCGUGACAUUUAUAUAAAUAUCGUACCUGUACAGGAGCCCAAGGAUAAGGCUUUUGGAAAUGGAAAUGGAAUUAUUGUCUUUGCUGAAACCUCUACAGGAUGUGUACUUGCAGGAUCUGCCCUCGGUAAAAAAGGGGUUUCUGCAGACAGAGUUGGAAUUGAAGCUGCUGAGAUGUUGUUGAUGAAUCUUCGACAUGGUGGAUGUGUGGACCAGUACUUGCAGGAUCAGCUCAUUAUUUUCAUGGCUCUUGCUAAUGGUGUCUCCAGACUAAGAACUGGCCCUUUGACCCUUCACACGCAGACUGCGAUGCACUUUGCAGAAUUGUUAACUAAGGCUAAGUUUACAGUAAAUAAAAUAAGUGAUCAAGAAUCUGGAUCGGGAACGUGUGUCAUAGAAUGUGAGGGGAUAGGAAUGGCAAAUCCCAACUUCUGAAAUUUGAAAUGUACAUGCCAUCCAAAAGUUACGGAAGCUGUAUAUUUUUUCAGUACCUUGGAGGUUCUUGAUCCUCGUAACUAUAUCAUGGAAGACUUGAAUUUACAGAAAUAAACAUUGUAUUAAUAUACAAGGGUUUUUUGUUGAUAUACUGAUAUAAGGAAGAUAAGUUAACUGGGUAACAGCAACUUUGAAAGAUCUCAAAACCGAAGGGGAAUUUCACACAAUAAUUUUUGGAAGUGAGAAGAAUUUGAGUUCCUUAGAGCAUUUUAAUCGAUUAUUAAAAAAUCCUGUGUUUGCUGAUCUAGCAAGAGAAAUGUUGUAAGAUAAAAUAACAUUUUAAAGCAAAAGUUCUACUUUAAUGGUAAUUAUUAUAGCUUAAAACUUCAACAGUUUUGUGCAUGGCUCUACUGUAAUACAGCAAAUGCACUUCAAUGUAAGACAAUAUAUUUGAAUAUUGUGUAUAUUUUUCAUUUGCAAUGAGUUAUAACAUCAAAUUUGCUGAGGAAUAAAAAUGAGCAGUCAUCAAU